AAAAAACAGCCUUUUUUUCUUUCUGGUGCGUUUGUUUGUGUGUCGGCGAGUCCCGGCGGUGUAACCGGAGAGGGGCCUCAGAGAGGGAAUGCAGGACUGCAAUGGAGCACAAUGCAAUACAGUGGUUGGGUGCUCCCUCCUGCCAGCGAGGCAGCUAUGCCUUCUAUAAGUCGGUGAGCAGCAGAGCUCAAGCCGACGGGCCCGUCCAGGUAUGGAAGCUCGGGGAGUUCUACUUCAUCCGCUGUGGACCGCAGGAUCCCGUGUGCAUCGCAGAGUUGACCUUACUGUGGGAGGACCAGACACGGCACCACCUGCUGGCCAGCACCAGACUCUACUUCCUGCCUGAGGACACACCAAAGGGCCGGACCAGGGAGCAUGGAGAGGAUGAGGUUCUGGCGGUGUCCAGGAAGAUGGUGGUGCGGGUGGAGGACCUGGUGCAAUGGUCGUGUGCGCAGCCAGCAGGUUGGAGCAGCAGCCUGAAGCCGUCGCCCUGCGGGACCAACGGCCUCCACAAACCUCUACAGAGCAGCGACAGUAACAGCAGCAACACGGCCAACAAGAGCAGCGAGCCACUCAAAGACAAACCUGAGAACGACCCGGUGGAGUGUCAGGGCAUCAAAGUGCUCAGCUACCCGCAGUACUGCCGCUUUCGCUCCCUGCAGAGACGCAUCCAGGACGGAGCGAGGGGGCUGGGGCUGCAGGACCCCCACCUGCUGGCCCUGGGGGGCGUCAAGGUGCUGCCCAACACCCGGCUGAUGUACUGCAGGGACACCUUCAACCACCCGACGCUGGAGAGCAGCGCAAACUUUUCCUGGCAGUUCAGAUGUCCAUCUCUCAGUCUUCGUGGGCGACCACGCAAGAGGAGAGGCCGAGAUGGCAAGGACUCCCCGAACUCCAGCCAAUCAGAGUCCUGGAUCGAGAGGAUGAAGGAGAACGUGAUGGGCAGUGUGGAGGUCGGCUGUGAGGCCAGCUGGCUCCCUCACCCUGAAGAGCAGUUGUUCCUGGAUCAGCUCUUCGCCUUCAUGGACCGUCAGGGCUCGCCCAUCCACAAAGUGCCCAACCUCGGCUUCAAGAAGAUUGACCUCUUCCUCAUGUACUCUGUGGUAAAACGACUCGGAGGCUACAAAAAGGUGACAUUGGACCGUCUCUGGAAAGUGGUUUAUAAUGAGCUCGGAGGAUGCCCUGGCAGCACCAGCGCCGCUACCUGCACCAGGAGACACUACGAGAGGCUAAUGCUUCCUUAUGAGGAGCACCUCAGAGCAGGAGGAGCAGAAUUCAAAAUCCCAGAAACCCCCAUGCCCCCAAAACCCAGAGGAAUAAGGGGAAGAAAACCGCUUCCAAGAGGCAGAAAACCAGGACCCAAAGCCAAGGAGAAGAAGAUCACAACCCCUGCUGCACCUUCUCGUACUAUCGUGAACCCGAACGGCACGGUGGUGGUGAAGAGAGGCCGAGGCCGGCCGCCGGGCACUCGCAACAAGGCCACGCUGAUCGCUCAGGCGAAGCUGCUGGCUCAACAGCAGGCUAAAGCUAAAGCAGCAGCAGCAGCCGAGUCCCAGCAGCAGAGUCCUCCGCUACCAGCCAGAGGUGGAGGUGGACCAACAGCCAGCAGCACUCAUAGGCCCGUCCAGCCGGCUGUCCUUCCUGUCAACAUGCCCCUCACCCCCGACCUCUCCCCCAUGUCCACCCCCUUCCUCCCCUUCCAGCCCAAACAAAAGGAGCUGAAGCCAGACAGAGGGGAGUCUGUUGCUCCUGCUCCAGGUGUGCUCCUCUCCACUCUGCCUCGCCACUUUGUUGGAGGAUCUCUGGGCGGAUUCAGCCCCAUCAAAGGUGUGUGUCCUCUGGAUGUCUUCAGGAACCGCAUUAGCCUCCAGAGAGGCCUGGAGAGCCCGGCCCUGACGCCUCAGGACCCGACCCAGCACCAUCCGACCAUCUACACCAUUCAGCCCAAAAGUGGGAGCCCGGACACGCCUCAUCCUAGCGGAGACCAGCUUCAGCCUCAGCCCCAUCCGCUCCACCAGCAACACAACCGCUGCUCGGGGUGUAGCAUGGAUGAGGGAACCCAGAGAGGAGGCAGUCGGGAUGCCAGGAACCGGCCUCCUCUGCCCCCUCUCCGGGUCCUGCCUUUGAACCUGGACUGCAGCGUUCAGGUGUGCCAGCUGAUGAGGACUCGUCUGGGUUCGUCUCAGUUCCAGACCUUCACCCGUCGACUGUCUGAGGCUCUGUCCCAGGACCUAAGCCCCAAGCCCCCCUGCUCUCCCAUCACCCCUCCCCCUGAGCAGGCGCUGCCUCUCAACCUCAGCAAACGCUUCACAGCAAAGAGACCCAGCACAGAGGGACCAGAGCCGAGUCCAGCAACAAUCAACGGAAACACAGAUCAACCACCAUCCAAGAGACCCAGAACCAGCUGCAUGGAGCAGGCCGAGGACUUCAGCCUGAGUGACAGGCCCAGCUCUGGAGGAAGUGGCGGAGGAGGUGGAGGAGGAGAGGAGGAUGUGGAGAUGAAGAGCCAGGAAGAACCCGCAGACCUGAGCUCCCCCAGCAGGAUUAGGGCCUUCUUGCUCGGGCUGCCACCCUUCCAGGUGAAAUUCGAGGAGGAUCUGAAUGGGACGAGGUUUGGGAAAUUUCUUCCUCCAGGAUCUAAAGUUGAACCCCAGAGAACUGAGACAGAGAAAGGAGAGGGAGGAGUAGCAGUAAAGAAGGAGGAGGAGGUGGUUGAAAUAGAGCGGUGUGAAACUGAGAGGAGCAACAAACUACAGAAGUCUGAGCAGGAGGAGAAAGAUCCCACCCACAUUUCUGGUCCUGGCCCAGCAGAGCUGAAGAGAGCUGGGCCCUCAAACACUGACACACACUGUUUUUAGCAUCAUUCCCUCUGUUGAUUUUAGCAUUUUGUCAACAGAAAACUGUCAGAUAAAUCGAGGAUUUGUCGGUUUUUUAAUCCGGAAAGUUGUGUGUGGUGUUGGUUUUGGACGCCGGAUGGUUCGGCCGUCGUGGAACAGGGGAGUUAGUUUUCUUCAUAUUUGAGAACAUUUGAACUCACAACUUUUACCUUUUUUUUUGUCUCCUGUUGUUAUUUCCUGUUUUGUUUUUCUCCGGUUUUCGAUCAUGUCGUUGAUUGAACUUUGCAGAGGAAAAACGACACCGAGACUCAUGACAAUCACAAAUCAGUUUCUCUUCCUUUCUCUGAUUUCUCUCGCUCUGAGAGGAGUGAGACUGUGACUCUUUAACAAACACUGCCAUAAUCCUCCACAACACUAUUAACUCCACUAUUCAAUGUUAGGGUGAAAUAUUGAAUAAGAUCCAUAUUACUUAAAAUAAAAGUCAAUAUUACGUCUAUGGGUGAUGCUAUGCAUCAAGAGUUCAUUAAUUAGCAUCUAGAGUGUACUGUAGUUUGGUAGUUUCAUUUUUAAAUUGUACUCUACUUCUGUAGAGAGAUAGUUAUUUUCUGAUAAAGUGUCUACAUGUUAUCUGGAGCUCUGAGUGAAAAGCUCCUCCGUCUUCACAUUAUAGCUCGUUAAGUGAAGCGUUUCUAUAGUCCUGCUCGUUAGCUGAAAUUAUAUAAACUUACACAUAUGUGCCUUAAGUGGCCUGCGAUCUGUUUCGUCGCCGGCUUCGAAUGCAUCCACUUAAAGAGAUACCUUGAUGUUGGACCUGUUAAGUUUUCCUUCACUCCUCAGGCGUCGUAUCCACACUAGUAUUUCAAAGAUACCGGCCUGACCGAGUUUCUGUCACUUUAAGAAAUAUAAACAGCGUGCCCUACAAAACAAAAGAAGCCAAAGCUCUCAAAUUUGAAAUGUCUUAAUUAUUUGUAGCUAAAACUGGUCAAAUCUGUGUUUAAAUCAAGAACUCUUUGAUCAAAGAAACGCGAAGAAUAGAUCUGACCACACAUCAGUGCCAGCUGUCGAUGCAUUUCGUUCCAUACCCAGCCCUGCUGUUUGCUUUGUAAAGACCACUGUGGCCACACGUUGGCGCCAUCGUCUCGCCUUCAUCACUAUCGCUGUUCAGGUUGUUCAUCCAGUAAGAAAUCACAUCAGCACCGGAGGAAGAAUUGUAUGUAGAGAUCAUACAUGAACAUGUAGCCCAAACAUUCAGACUACC